CUGGUAUAGACUGUGGCCAUAUAUAUCAGGUGUCGAUCGGAUCACCGUCAGGCACGUUGAUAGCGCGCCCCUCUUCUGCCCAGAGCUAAAUCAUCCUUCUCUCUCCAAUCUCAGAUCGCACCCAAGCGCCCUGAAUCUGGGCGUUUUUAGUGACAGCCCACCAUAAGUGACGCAAAAGCUCUUACAUCUAUCGCCCAAGAGCUACAAAACCCCCAAAAUGGCCGACCAGGUUGAUAUCGACCCCGAAGACUCAUGUGUCAUUUGCAAUAAACAGCCAGCACGAAGAUGCUCACAGUGCAAAAGCACAUACUACUGCUCCUCCGACUGCCAGAAAAAGGAUUUCUCGUCCCACAAGCUCCUCUGCAAACAGUUCGCGGACCAGGCUGAACGACCCUCUCCAAAGCACAAGCGCGCUAUAUUUUUCCCGGCGGACAGGGCAAAACCACAAAUGAUAUGGGUGCCCACUGCCGCCAUGGGCGGGGAGGAUGAGUACGACCUUCCCUGGACAAUGGUAGAGCCGAAUCCUUACCUUGGACCCGGCAACCCCAUUCCCGGAAACAUGCGCUCUGAAUACAACGCGGUCCGCGAUCGAACCCUCGGCUCUGGAUUUACACAGUGGGCCGAGCAGAACAAGGGCCAUUGCGUCACUUUGAUCUGCCGGGACAACUAUCUGUCAGACGGCUCAAACCUGAACAUGAGUAUCUAUGGUUCUAUAGGAGGAGGUAAACCGACACCCCAUGUCUACCGUGGGCCUAUGAUUGGAAUGCGACAGCUUCCCGGUGAAUCAUAUGGCGACAUCACGCUCGCCGACUUUCGACAUCUCAUCGACUUUUUCACGAGCUAUGGUUCCCCAAAUCCCCCCAAAAACAUACCAAAUGAUACCCCCGCCCCCAACGCAGUCCGUGGCGUGAAAAUCUGCUGCGACGGACACAUGAACCGCACUCGCUCAAAAAACUUUGUCUCUGUCAAAAUCCCCGGACCCAUCAAGGAGAAACUAGGCAGCGGAGCCAUCUCACCCAUCUCGACCCUCCUGGGCAUGCCUGUCGAGGUGUGGAAAAUCCCAGACGAGUCAUACCAGCGCGACCCCGACCCGACCGCCGAUAGUAAUCCCUAUGCUGCGUUCCUAAUGCUGGACGCUGAUCCUGCGAGCCAGGGAUGGGGCUGGGCGCCUCCAUACUGGAACCGAGAAAUCGGCAACGUCUUGGUCUGUCGGAAGGACGGAAAGGAUCUCACUGCAAAGGAUGUGUCGAUGAUGUGUUACUUUUCCAGACAUACCUUGCAGGACAUGUUUGAAAAUACACUGGAGUUGGGGCCGAAUUCACCUCGAAAGCUCAAGGUUCGGGAUUUUAUUACCUGGGAGAACAUGUAUAACGAGUAUAAAAGUCUUCGUUAUUGAUGAACAUGACUCAUGAUGUUAUUGGAAGGUCAGAGUAGGACUGUUCUUCUGAUAGGAUGGAGAGUCCAUUGGUAGCCAUAUCCCUUUUCCUCAAUGAUGCUCUUAGACAUUUACGACCGGCUUCUCACCGGACAAAAGUUUGCAUAUCUGCAUUUUAAUAGCUAGAUCAAAGGGCAUAUUCUUUAUUCUUUUUUUCUUUGAGUGUAUCGUAUCCAUUGAGCUUAAUUGCAUACAGAGUUUCGGCAUACUCGGAAUUCCGAUACAAUCGACAUCAAGAUUGCAGGGUAGAUCUGG